GCUCACUCAACAAAACUUAAAAGCAGAAAACAGCAAGGAGCAUUUAACGCAGUCCCGCAGUCCCGUGCUCCUCUAUUAAACCCAACGGCUGCGUUUUCUCUCGGAACUUUUUCCCUAUUUAUUUGUUUCUAGUACUUUAUUUCUCAUUCCUCUCUCAUUCUAUCACUCAUUUCAUUUAUCGAACUCUUUUUUUUCAUACUUUCUUCUUCCGUCCGUCCUUUCUAGUCAGCCAGUUCAUCCGUCUGUGAAUCUAUCUAUCUAUCUAUCUAUCUAUCUAUCUAUCUAUCAACCUAUCUCCGCGUUAUCUGUUGUGCUUGGCAUGUCCGAAGAAGUGCGUGUAAGAUGAUAGAGUUAAGAAGUCGGACUAUACCGCUGCUGCCGUCGCCGAGAUGGAUUUUAAUUUGCCUUUUUUACCUGUCACAAGGCUUGUUGCCGUUGAAUUCAGAACAUGUCGACAUGUUAGGAGUGAUUGGAAUCCCUUCAGAUCCCGUGAGAUUCUCAACGGGGAUGGACUAUUUUCCAGCCUUCAGACUGCUCGGCAAAAAGGAGUUUAAAGACAAUGCAAAUCAACUGUUUGGUAACAAAGCUAUAAACGACUUUGCUUUAACGAUGGUCGUUCAUAUUGAAAAACCAGAUACUAGCUUUAUCUUCGCAGUUCUAGACCCUACUGCUUCGAUUAUACAACUUGGUGUGAGUGUUUCAUCAAAUAGUCAAGGCAACGAACAAAACAUAUCGUUAUAUUACUCACCAACAACUGCUGAUGUAAAUACAUCCGUUUCUUCCAAAAUAUUAGCUAGUUUCAAACUCGAAAACCUGCUCAACAACUGGGCGCGGAUUAGCUUCAUGGUUAAAGACGAUAUUGUGGAAAUAUAUUUAAAUGGAACGAAGAAAGGAAGACAUCAAGUGAUCAGGGAACCGUUAGUUCUUGAAGAUGCCUCUUCUAUCUACAUCGGAGGAGGUGGUCCAGCCCAAAGGAAGAUGUUCGUUGGAUCUUUACAAGAACUGAAACUUUAUUCGAACCCCGACGUCGCCACCUACUACGAAGAGGCUAUUACCCCUUUACUUCGACUUUCUCCACGUCAAAGAUCUGCAACACUACAAGCAGGGCAUUCUGAAUCUCAGUCUUCAAAAAUUAUUCAUCUUCGGACAUCAGAGCUAUGGUCCGAUUAUGGCAGUGGCUCAGGAAGCGGACGUGAUGAAAUAAUAGUGCCAACCAAAUAUCCUUAUAGACCUCAUGUAAGUCACACAAUUAAAGGUGAGAAGGGCUCACAAGGUGAGAAAGGUAUAAAAGGUGAACCAGGAAUAAGUCAACCAAUGAUUUCCCCUCCUCCACCACUGCCACCACGAUCAGGCUUGAAAGGGGAUCAAGGACCUCCUGGUCUAAUGGGACCAAUUGGAGUUCCAGGUCAGAAGGGAGAAAAAGGAGAAAUAGUAAAACUUGAUUUGAGUGGUCAAGGAGGAAUAGGAGCUAAAGGAGAAAAGGGAGAGAGAGGAAUGACUGGCUUCGCAGGAGUAAAGGGUGAAACUGGCAAAUCUAUUGUUGGUCCUCCAGGUAAACCUGGUUCACCUGGCUCUACUGGUUUACAAGGUCCACCAGGUCCUCCAGGUCCACCAGGACAGUCAUAUGGAGAACCUUCUUCUGGAUACUCUGGCACAUUCAUUGACCUUGAGUCUUCUGGAGAUGAUCAAAUAGCAAAGGGAAAAGGAAUCGUUGGACCACGUGGACCUCCUGGUCACACUGGGCCCCCUGGUCUUCCAGGUUUAAAAGGAUUGCCAGGAGAUAAGGGAGAACGAGGAGAGAAUGGCUUAAAUGGCAUUGAUGGAGAAAUAGGAAGAGAUGGUGCCAAAGGAGAACCUGGUGUACGAGGACAUUCAGGAGAACCUGGCCCUGUGGGUCAGAAAGGAGAACCAGGUCAAAAUGGAUAUGAUGGUCGUGAUGGUUUACCUGGCCCACCAGGACCACCAGGAGUAAUUGUUGGCUCAAUUGAUGAUGAGUUAUCUGGACACUCAAAUUUUGAUGGUAGUUCAACUGGGUCAAUAGCUGUGAAGGGAGAAAAAGGAGAUCGUGGUUACCCUGGACAAAAUGGACAACGAGGACACCCAGGUGCAAAUGGUAUUGUAGGACAGAAAGGAGAACGCGGAUAUAAGGGAGAACAUGGACAAAAGGGCGUAUCAGGACUGCCUGGAGAGCAAGGACUUCGGGGUCGUCCUGGAUUAGUUGGCGGACCAGGUGAAAAGGGAGAAAGAGGAAAACCUGGAAUGAAAGGACCAAGGGGAAUAGGUCGAGUUGGCCCUGCAGGUCGACCUGGCCCCCCUGGCCCCCCUGGAAUUCCUCCUGAGAUUAAAACUUCCGAUGAUACUGUAAUAAUAAAUGGAAGAAAGGGAGAACCUGGCAGUACCGGUCCAGUUGGACCCCAGGGAAUCGCUGGUCCACCUGGGCCUCCUGGACCACCCGGUGUUCCUGGAUUUUCCACAGCCGACUCCAAUGGAAAGGGUCUCAAAGGAGAACCAGGUGGUUGUCGUAGCUGUGUUGGCCUGAAGGGAGAACGUGGCCCUGUUGGACCAAAAGGCAGUAUGGGAUAUACAGGUAAAAAAGGUGUCAAAGGAGGCAAAGGAAACAUGGGUAUGCCUGGAUUUACAGGUCGGCAAGGACUUCGUGGACGUAAAGGAGAGCCUGGAUAUGGCCUUAAAGGCAGAGCAGGAGAAAGAGGGCUACCAGGUCCUCCUGGAAUACCAGGUAUAUCAGAACCUUGGAAAUCUGAUGGUUCUAAUGGAUUCAAUAGUAAAGGAAACAAGGGUGAACGUGGUUAUACAGGCCGUUCAGGACCUCCUGGCCCACCUGGCCCACCUGGCCCACUUUCUUCUCCGUCAUCAGGAGUGAUAAUAAAUACAGGUUCUGGAGAUACAGAAAGAAUUUACAGAGGAGAAAAGGGAGAAAAAGGAGACAAAGGUGACAAGUCAGAGGCUAGUAUAUUUGAUAAAAGAUAUUAUAAAGGUAAUGCUGGACUACCAGGACCACCAGGGCCCCCAGGACCACCAGGACCACCAAAUACCGGUAGUUAUGCUGGCUCAAAUGGACAUGGAGAUGCAUAUAGACUUUAUAGACAAAAAGGACAGAAAGGAGAAAUGGGAGAAAAAGGAAGUACAGGCCGGGGUAUUCCUGGAAUUCCAGGAGUAUCAAUUCCGGGAAGACCAGGUCCCCGUGGGCCUCCAGGCCCUCCAGGACCUCAACAACAUUCAUAUGGUGGUUCCAGCACUAUUAAUGAUCAGACUUAUUCUGCUUCACAUGCGAUUGCAACUUAUCGCAAUAUGGGAGAACUUCAAGAUGUUGCUCUAACUAUCCCUGUUGGAAGUAUAGCUUUUGUUCAUGAUAAGGAACUAUUAUUAAUUCGACUGAAAGAUGCAUGGGCAGAAAUCCAAAGCAGACGCAUUGCACUUCCCCGGUAUCUGGAUCGCAUCCCACUGCCAGUUCCAAAACCAUCUGAGAUUAAAUCUGGCAGAAAAACAAGAAUGGAAACAACAACUGUCCUGACUAGUACACCUAAACCACCUGAAAUACAUGUACUUCCACCAAAUCUUGAUAAGGAAAAAUAUCAGCGAAACCGAAAAGUACUCAAGUUGAUAGCAUUGAACAAACCACUCACAGGAAAAAUGAAUGGAGUAAAUACAAUUGAUUUAUUUUGUCAUCAACAAGCACGGAGAGCAUCUUUUAAAGCAACAUUCCGUGGUUUCUUAUCAAAUCAAAUUCAAGAUUUGAAAACAUUAAUCUAUGAUAAAAAAGAGCGUAAUUAUCCAAUUGUGAAUUCAAAGGGUGAAAUUCUUGUGGAUUCAUGGGAGCACUUAAUCACUGGAGAUGGAGGUUAUUUCAACAGCUCUGUUCCACUCUAUUCAUUUGAUGGUACCAACGUAAUGACUAGCUCUAGAUGGCCACAGAAAUUUGUAUGGCAUGGUUCUUCAACAAAAGGUGAGCGAAAGAGAGACAGAUUCUGUUCCAACUGGCGUUCAUCGGGAAGAAAUAAUGUUGGUGUUGCAUCAUCCCUAAUGGCUCAUCAGUUUCUGGGAUAUGAAGAGUUUCAUUGCAACAACAAUUUCAUUGUCCUAUGCAUACAAAUUGCCACUAUGAAACACUAUUGAGCUGGCAAAACAAGCUACACACAACAACACAAGACAAAUCUCUUCUUCGAUUCACUCAUCCUAUUUGAAAUAUAGACAAAUGAGUGAAUUGCUCUCAAUAUCUUAUACCUAAAAAAAAGAAAAACACAGUAAAAAAAUAAUACAAUAUUAAUAAAAUAAUAGGACUCACCUAA